UCUAUAAAGCAGAAGUUCGCUGUCACGGUGCCGGGACUCGAUCUCCAGCGCACUCAUCCACUACCGCGGUGUUCGCAUUUCAACUCAAUCACAGCCCGUGGUUAUUGGGCUUUUCUUUGGUUUCUUUGUUUUUGUUGUGUUUUUUCCCAAUAAGCUUGGAAAUAUGAGUUGUCCUACUCCUGAUCAGAGACUGGAGCAUCUUCUGAGUGCCGUGGAGAGCGAGUUUCAAAAAGGAAGUGAGAAAGGAGACACCUCCGAGAGGGACAUUAAACUCAGCCUGGAGGACGCAGAGCUGUGGAACAAGUUUAAAGAGCUCACCAAUGAAAUGAUCGUCACCAAGACUGGAAGACGCAUGUUCCCGGUGCUCAGGGCGAGUGUUAGUGGUCUGGACCCCAAUGCUAUGUAUUCUGUGCUGUUAGACUUUGUGGCUGCUGAUAAUAACCGCUGGAAGUAUGUUAAUGGAGAGUGGGUCCCUGGUGGAAAACCGGAGCCUCAGAGCCCCAGCUGUGUGUACAUCCACCCCGAUUCCCCUAACUUUGGAGCCCAUUGGAUGAAAGCACCUGUGUCCUUCAGCAAAGUCAAACUAUCCAACAAACUCAAUGGAGGAGGACAGAUUAUGUUGAACUCCCUGCACAAGUAUGAGCCGAGGAUCCACAUCGUAAAAGUCGGAGGCAUCCAAAAAAUGAUUAGUAGCCAAUCUUUCCCAGAGACUCAAUUCAUAGCGGUUACAGCCUACCAAAACGAAGAGAUUACAGCACUGAAAAUCAAACACAACCCUUUUGCGAAGGCUUUCUUGGACGCUAAAGAAAGGAGUGACCACCGUGAGGCCCAAGAUCAAAACAGUGACAAUCAGCAGUCUGGCUACUCACAGAUUGGAGGCUGGUUCCUGCCCAGUAACGGCCCCAUCUGCUCCAGCAAUAGCCCUCCACAGUUCAGUGGGUCCCCAGGUCACUCCUCCAGCUCUUACUGUGAGCGCUAUUCCAGCCUGAGGAGCCACAGAGCAUCUCCAUACCCCAGCCAUUACCCUCAUCGCAGCACUAACAACAACAAUUACAUGGAUGCCUCUUCAGGAAGUAUUUCAACCCAUGACAACUGGUCAACCUUGCAAAUCCCAAAUUCUAGUGGAAUGGGCACCUUGGCUCAUACUACUAACUCCACCUCCAACACAAGCCAGUACCCCAGUCUCUGGUCCGUGGCUGGGACCGCCCUCACUCCAUCUGGCUCAGCUUCAGGUUCAAUUGCUGGAGGUUUAACCUCUCAGUUCUUGCGAGGUUCCUCUGUGUCUUACUCAGGUCUGACCUCCUCGCUACCUGUUUCUUCUCCGUCAUCCAUGUAUGAUCCUGGUCUGACUGAGGCGGGAGUGGCCGAUGCCCAAUUCGAAACAUCCAUUGCUAGGCUUACAGCUUCCUGGGCACCUGUAGCACAGAGCUACUGAAAAAUGACUUCAGAGACUUUAAUCCUGCCAUUACACAGAUAGUGUAAACACCCUGGAUCUGAGAUUGAAAUCAUGAAAGGUGAUUAAAAAAAUUGAUUGUGCUGAGAAGGACUGCAUAAACAUCAGUGCUGUAGACAUGCUAUAGGAAAUUUACUCUCAGCCAUUUUGGGACCACGAUGGAGCUCCUGGAUUUAUGAGAUCAGACCAAAGAUUGUUGUUGACUGAAUAAAUGUAAAUGUCUGUAAAUAAAUUUAAGUUAACGUCCAUUCUCUUGGUUUGGUCAUAUAGAAUAUACAUUUUUAAAUAUUGAGAAACCUAUGCGUGCAUAUAAGAAAGAGACAGAUAUGUGUCUUGUAUGCCUUCUGGUAAUAUACAAUAGGAUGUUCUGUAACUCACACACAGAAGUGCCUUGUACAUACCUAUCUAUUUGUACUUUGUUUGCUUGUAAGCUUUAUUUAUGUCUUUUUAAUAUUAAAUUAAUAUUUUUUUUUUCUCCAAAA